UUGAAAAGUGCAAAUACUGUUAAUUUGGGAAUUAUGGCUGAAACUGUGAAUGUCGCUUAUGAUACUCGCGAUCCGGCGUCUCAAGUGCUUUUGAACUACGCCAAAAAGCAUCCUGACAACGAUGAUAGCAUAACAACCGAUGGUGGUAACCCCGUUGGAGUGAGAGAAGCCAGUUUAACUGUAGGUUACCAUGGACCUAUCCUCCUUCAGGAUACUGUGUUGAUUGAUGAGCUAACUCAUUUCAGUAGAGAAAGGAUUCCAGAACGAGUGGUGCAUGCAAAAGGUGGUGCUGCUUUUGGAUAUUUCGAAGUAACUCAUGAUAUAACUCAGUAUUCUGCUGCAAGUGUUUUCAGUGAGAUUGGGAAGAAGACACCUAUAGCUGUGAGAUUCUCUCAAGUUGCUGGAGAACGUGGCUAUGCAGAUACUUAUAGAGAUCUACGUGGCUUUGCCAUAAAAUUUUAUACUGAAGAUGGAAUAUGGGAUUUGGUGGGUAAUAAUAGUCCGAUAUUUUUCGUUAAUGAUGCUAUUAAUUUCCCGAUGUUCAUUCAUGCCCUUAAAAGGAAUCCAGUGACAAACAUUCGCCCGGACUAUGAUGCCUUUUGGGACUUUGUGUCUCUUAGGCCAGAAAGCACUCAUCAAACUCUACAGCUUUUUACUGAUAGAGGUAUCCCUGCUAGUUACAGAAAAAUGCAUGGGUAUGGAGCUAACACUUUCUCGUUAAUCAAUGCAGAGGGAAAGUUUUUCUAUUGCAAAUUUCACUACAGAAGUGACCAACCCAUUGAAAAUUUAAGUCAAGCCGAAGCCGAUCGGCUUGCAGGAGUGCAAUCAGACUACUAUAUUAGAGAUCUUUAUGACGCAAUCCAAAAUGGAGACUAUCCCUCUUGGUCUUUUUAUAUACAGGUUAUGACUCCAGAGCAAGCAGCCAAAAACCCUUACGAUCCUUUUGACAACUCAAAGGUAUGGCUCCAUGGGGAUUAUCCAUUGAUUCCUGUGGGAAGAUUUGUCUUGAACAAGAAUCCCACCAAUUAUUUUGCAGAAGUUGAACAGUUGGCUUUUGACGUUUCUCAUGUUAUUCCUGGAAUUGACUUCUCGCCGGAUAGAAUGCUCCAGGGUAGAAUCUUUAACUAUGGAGAUACACACAGAUAUAGAUUAGGCAUCAAUAGUACCCAAUUGCCUGUGAAUGCACCAUUUCAGAUACACAACUAUAACAGAGAUGGACACUCUACGUUGGUGAGUCAAGGGGGGGCGCCGAACUACUUUCCGAACAGCUUUAAUGGCCCUAAAAAAGACAAGAGGGCCAAGGCCCUGUUUCCUAGGGUUCCAUUGGUUGGCACCACUGAUAGAAUUGACAAUGGACUUAUUGAUAAUUAUAGUCAGGCUAGACUGUUAUGGACACGGGUGAUCAAAGAAGAUGAAAGAAACAGGACCAUAGAAAACAUCUUGAACUGGUUGAAGCAAACUAACAGUGUGAUCGCUGAACGUGCCAUUGAGAACUUAUUUGAGAAAGUGGAUGCUCAACUGGGUGCUCGCCUUAGGGAGGGAUUGAAGACCCAGUCGAAUUUACCCACUCACGUUUUGUUAUAAGUACCUCGCUAUCUAAAUGUUUCUUCAUGUUGGAUAAAGGCAAAAAAUAUUUAAACAAAUAAAGCAGAAUGUAUAAAAAGUA